AUGGUGGUGGCAGUGGUAGAUGAAGAAGAUGAUAGAAACACAACAAAUGUCACAGAUGGUGAUGUUGCAAAUCUUAAAACUAAUAUACCUGUUAAGUCAAUUGUUGAUGACGUCAGGAAUAGUAAACAGCUCUGUGACGUGUGUGAAGAGCAAUCAAGAGCCACACAAUUCUGUUGCGAAUGUGGUAAAAAUAUGUGUAACGCAUGUCUGCAAGAUCAUAACAACUGGAAACCACAUCUCAAGCAUAAAGUAGUGAGCGUUGAAGAAAUCAGGAAGGGUAGGGUAGUCUUAAAGAAGAAGGUUUACUGUAAAGAAGAAGUGCACACAUCAGAUGAAUGUGAAUGCUCUGAUGUCUGCACGACAUGUAAGAAGCUCAUUUGUAUGAGAUGUCGCAUGCUCUACCACGAGAAAAAAGGCCACGAUGUGGAAGAUUUAAGAGAGUACAAUUCGUCUUUCAAAAAGAGCUCUGAAUUACUUCAGGGUCAAGGAAAGACAAAAGCUACAGCAGUCAAGAAUCAUAUGACGUGUAUUGAUAACCAAAUCAAACGUGUUCAUGAUCACAUUAAUGCUGAAAAUGUGAAGCUUGACAAGCUUUGUGAAGAUGCUAUCAAGAAAAUAAAAGAGAGGAAUGCUACCUUGAAAAGACAACUAGAUGAUCAGAGAGAAGAAUUAUGCAAGAGUUUAAAUAAUAUGAACAUUGAUGAUGAGAGGUUGGUUAAGAGUAUUGAGAGUGCGAGUGAUUUGCUGAGUAAUACUUUGAAAGCCCCACUAGAAGGAGAUGUUGUAGCAAUUCGUGAUUCAUUGUCUGGUGAAUUGAAGAAUGUAUUAGAUAGAGAUGAUCCAAAGGUAAAGGUUGCUAUUGAUGUAGGUGAUCAUGCAGAGGAACUGACGUUUACACCAAGCUGCGAUCCUGAUGCAUUAUCAUUGGGGGAACUGAGGUUUGUGAAUUGCGAGCCCGCGAAAUGCAAUGUAUUACUCACAAAGAAAGAUAGUAUGAAUGGCAUGACGGCUUCAAAGAAUGGUAUGAUGGCUGUUGGUUAUAGCAUUGGAGGGAUUGAUAUAUUCUCUGCUGAUGGUCAGCUGCAGAAAACAGUCAUCAAAUAUGUCAAAACAAGUGAGGUAGGAUUCCUCUCUGAUAAUCGAUAUGUUGUACGUGAUACAUGCAAUAAGAUAUCCCUGUACACAUCAGACGAAGAGAAGCAGGAUGCAUCAUUCGAUACUCUAGAUGAUAGUGAAGGUGGGACAGGUGGUCUCACUGUAGACAGCAAUGAUCUGAUCUAUGUUAGCUACAGGAAAGCUAAGAAGAUCCAGGUAUUCUCACCAUCAGGUGGGAAGGCUAUCAAGGAGAUACCAUGCGAUGGGUAUAAACCUAUGCAAAUCACAAGUUAUGGUGAUUCAUUGAUCGUCAAGCAGUUUAAGAAUGCAAUAAUACGUAUUGAUAAAAAGGGUGGUGCAAUGCAUAAAUUAACGAAACCAGUGGAAAAUAGCCUCUUUGCUGAUGUGAGUAAAGACAAUACAAUCCUGAUUGCCUAUGUAAGACACGAGGACGGCCUGCUCAAUAUCGAUGAGUACACCGGUGAACUUAAACACAUCAGGAGUCUUAUAUCUGAUUACAAGAUUGAGAAACCGGAAAGGCAAUGGUAUUACCUUAGACAGUUCCAGUCAGGAGAGAUAGCUUUCUGUACUUCGGAUAGGCUCUAUAUAUUCAAUCUAAUGACUAAUAAAGUUACCUCGUAAGAAUAUGAUGUCCGAAGUGUUUAAAAGUCAAAUCUCUUUUUACUAAUAACAAAUUAUUUAAUUCACUAGUUUCAACAUUAAUAUUGGUAGUCCAUUACUGUCAAGAAUCAAGAAAUUUUAUUCAUUCCAUUCGCCAAAAAAUCACGUAAUAGAAUAGUAAAAUACAGAAUUACAUGAUAUACAAUGAUAAAAAAAAAUAUUUGGUAUUACAUACAGAGGAAAGUAAUACAAUUACAUUUGAGACGCUGCAAAAGUUAAACCCC